AUGUCUCCCACAUGUGUAAACAAGGUCCAUGCAUUCCCCCAUAGUUCAGUUGAUGUAUUAUCACAGUCAAUUACCAUUAGCAUCUCACAGCAUGUGCCACAGUACGCUUCACAGACCUGUAUAGCUUUACGCUAUACGACCUGUAUGGUAAUCGAUACGGUAGCUGCCCGCGCGCCACGCAACUCUGCUGAAAUUCCUGAUAAAGAAAGCAAUUUGAACUGA